AUGGCGUCGCCGCUGACCUCCGCCGACGACGAGGCCCUCAUCGAGGAGAUUCUCGCGCGGCUCACCCUGCGCGAGAAGCUGGGCCAGAUGAUGCAGCCCGACUGGCGCACGUUCCGGUCGGCGCCGAAGCUGUCCGAGGCAGGCGCCGCCGUCCUCCCCGCGUGGGCCGGGUCGGCGGUGAAGCGCGCGCUCAACGCGCCUCUGACCGACGAGCAGUGCGACCGCUCCGUGGGCAGGCAUUGCCUCGGCUCCGUCCUCGGAGGCGGGGGCGCAUGCCCGACGCCAAAUGAGCCCUUGGCGUGGCAGGCUCAGGCCGCUGCCAUGCAGCGCGCGGCGCUGCGCGCGUCGUCGGGCUUGCCGCUGCUCGUCUGCAACGACUCCGCGAACCUUCGCGACGCGACCCUGUUCCCGCACCACAUCGGGCAGGGCUGCAUGCGGGACGAGGGCUUGGUGGAGGAGCUCGGCGCGCUCGCGGCGCGCGAGUCGGCCGCGUGCGGCAUCAACUGGAUCUUCUCGCCGUGCGCCGCGGUCGCUCUCGACUUGCGCUGGGGCAGGACCUAUGAGAGCUUCUCCGAAGACCCCGCACUGUGCGGCCGGCUCAGCGCGGCGGAGGUGCGCGGCAUCCAGCGGUGCGGCCUGCCGAUGGCGGCGUGCGCAAAGCACUGGGUCGCCGACGGCGGCACCGCGCUGGGCACGGGCAAGUUCGACAUGGGAGGGAUCGGCAAGGCGGCGGUCAAGUCGUUUGGCCUGGACCAGGGCAACGCCGACUGCGACGACGCGGAGCUGCGCGCCACACACGUCGCUCCGUACCUGCCGGCGCUGGCCGAGGGGGUGCUGACGGUGAUGGUGUCGUACUCGUCGCUCAACGGCGUCAAGUGCCACGCGAGCCGCGCACUCGUCACCGGCCUUCUCAAGGAGGAGCUCGGCUUCCGAGGCGUCGUCGGGUCGGAGGAGCGGCUUUUUGGCGACCUGACGUGGCGGAGGCAGCUCGAGGAGCUCGAGGCGGCGGUGGGGCGGGGCGACGUGCCGGCCGAGCGUGUGGACGACGCGGUGAGGCGCGUGCUGCGUGUCAAGGUCGCCUGCGGCCUGCUGCGCCGCGCCGCCGCCUCGACUCCAGCCGGAGGCGACGCUGCCGCCGCCGCCUCGCGCUGUCCGCUGUUUGACGCGGCCGUGCCUCCGAUGGGCGAUGCGGCUUGCGUCGGCUGCGAGGCGCACCGCGCGGCUGCGAGGCGCGCGGUGGCCAAGUCUUGCGUGCUGCUGGUCAACGAGGGCGGGCUCCUCCCGCUGCCGGCCGGAGAGGGAGGCCGGCCCGCCGCGGAGCUGCUGGUCACAGGCAUCGCCGCCGACAGCCUCGGCCGCCAGUGCGGUGGCUGGUCGCUCGAGUGGCAGGGCUGCGAGGGCAACGCCUUCACCACGGGCACCACCAUCGCCGACGCCAUCCGCGCCGUCCAGCCGGGUGCCAGGCUCGCGCCCUCGGCCGGCGCCGCCUCACGGCCUGUGGCGGUGGUGGUGACGGGCGAGGCGCCGUACGCAGAGGGGUUUGGCGACGUCGAGGAGCUUCGGCUGCCGCCCGCAGACGUUCGCGCCGCCGUCGCCCUCGCUGACGCCGGGUGGGCCGUGGUGCUGCUGCUCGUGACGGGCCGGCCGCUCCUCCUUCCGCCGCCGCUCCUCUCCCGCGUCGCCGCCGUUCUCGUCGCGUGGCUGCCCGGCACCGAGGGCGACGGGGUGGCAGACGUGCUCUUCGGCAGGGCGCCAGCCACGGGGCGGCUCUCCUUCUCGUGGCCGCACGCGAUGGACCAGGCUGCGGCCGCGGCGCGGCUAAAGGGGCCCCUCUUUCCGUUUGGGCACGGGCUGCAGACCAGGGCGGUGGGUUGA